CGAUCAAAUGUACGAUAGCGAGGGAGAGUUUCCCAAUGUUCGUCGCUCUCGCCCCCUCCCUCGUCCUGACCUUUCAAUCUCACACCUCUGCCCCACCCCCAACCCCCUUUCUCUAGAUGUCAAUACUUUCCCUCGUUCCUAGGCCGAGUCUAGCCGAGAGGAGACACGAGGAGGAGUAAAAACAAGAGAGCAGAGAGAGCCCGAUAGAUAGGCAAGGAGAAGAGAACCCCAAGAUUGGGAUUGGAGGGCAACUGGUGCUCAAGCAAGGGAUCCUUCCAUCGAUUCUUGCUUGCUUUUCGCCCCUUCCGUUGCACUUAAUUCUUUGCCUGGCGUUACAGAUCAGGGCGAUAGGGCUACAGAGAGGCGAGGCCCGGUCCCCGGAUUCGCAGGAGUUGCGUCGGUGGUCGCGGCGCGAUGGCUGGCGUUGACGCGGCGAGGUACGCGCAGAGCCCAGCGCACCACGCCGUGGCGAUGCAGGACCACGCUGCCCUGCGCCGCGUGCUGGAUGCGCUCCCGCAGGCUCGGAAGCCCGAGGAGAUCCGGACGGAGGCGGACUCCAUCGCCGAGGAGGCGCGAGCGGAGGCCGUCUCGGCCAUCGUCGACCGGCGUGACGUCCCUGGGCGCGAGACCCCGCUCCACCUCGCCGUCCGCUUCGGCGACGCCACGGCAGCUGAGAUGCUCAUGGCGGCGGGGGCCGACUGGAGCCUGCAGAACGAGCAUGGCUGGAGCGCGCUCCAGGAGGCUAUCUGCGCGCGUGAGGAGGCGCUCGCACGCGUCAUCGUCCGCCAUUACCAGCCUCUCGCCUGGGCCAAAUGGUGCCGCCGCCUGCCCCGCGUUGUCGCCGCCAUGCGCCGGAUGCGCGACUUCUACAUGGAAAUCACAUUCCACUUCGAGAGCUCCGUCAUUCCCUUCAUCUCCCGCAUCGCGCCCUCGGAUACCUACAGGGUCUGGAAGCGCGGGGCCAACCUUCGUGCAGACAUGACGCUUGCGGGCUUUGAUGGCUUCAAGAUCCAGCGCUCUGACCAGACUAUUCUGUUUCUUGGGGAGGGCUCGGAGGACGGCAAGGUGCCACCAGGGUCAUUGUGCAUGAUUAACCACAAGGAUAAGGAGGUGAUGAACGCGCUUGAAGGUGCUGGUGCGUCGGCCUCCGAGGUAGAGGUCCAGCAGGAGGUCACGGCAAUGUCACAGACGAAUAUCUUCCGUCCGGGGAUAGACGUCACUCAAGCAGUACUGCUUCCACAGGUCACAUGGCGGCGGCAGGAGAGGACAGAGGCUGUUGGCUUGUGGAAGGCUAAGGUGUAUGACAUGCACCAUGUUAUGGUGAGUGUUAAGUCAAGGAGGGUUCCUGGUGCGAUGACGGAUGAGGAAUUCUUUUCAGCUUGCAAUGAGAAUGAUACUGAGAGUGAGGGGUUCGAUGAUGUACUGACUGACGAGGAGAAGAGGCAGCUGGAAUCUGCGCUUAAGAUGGAUUCUCCAGAUGCUGGUGGUGAAAGCCAGUUCAACACCUUUGUAGGUCCUAGACAUAGUUGCUUUGAGCCAAGGGAGAGGGAAAUACCAAUUGAGGAUUUGAGCAUCUCUGGAAAUGGGGAGAGUAAACAUGAUAAGAAAGGUUGGUUUAGUAAUUGGGGAAAGAGGGGUCAAACUGGCAGUAGUAAGCUAGAGAUGACAAAGAAGAUGGCACCUCCAAGAAGUUCGGUCUGUGUAGAUGAGAAGGUGAGCGACCUCUGCGUUGGAUCUCCAUCGAAUGUACAAACUAAACCAGGAAGACAUUCAGUGGAUAUAUUGAGAAGGGAUGAGAACAGAAAUGGCAAGGAAAAGGAUUGUCGUAAACUUGCAACUUCUGAGAAUGGACAUAGGCGCAAAGAAAGUACCAAAGAAAGUGAGUAUAAGAAAGGUCUAAGGCCUGUUCUUUGGUUGUCCCCUAAUUUCCCUCUGAGGACUGAGGAGCUCUUGCCACUGCUUGAUAUUCUUGCAAACAAGGUGAAGGCAAUCCGUCGUUUAAGGGAUCUACUCACCACAAAACUGCCCCCAGGAACUUUUCCAGUCAAGGUUGCCAUUCCAGUUGUACCGACGAUCAGGGUUCUUGUGACAUUCACAAAGUUUGAAGAGCUACAGCCACUAGAAGAGUUCAGCACACCUCCUUCCAGCCCCGACAAUUGUAAGAGCCCAGGAGCCCAGAUGUCUUCAAGCUCCUGGGUUCAGUGGAUCAAGGCUCCUUACCGCCAGAACUUCUCGACAGCACAAGGUCCCAGCAACCGUGUGGAGGACAUCCAAGACCCUUUUGUUAUCCCUGCUGAUUACGCCUGGACUACGCCAGGAGAGAAGAAAAAGAAGACACAAGAAAACAAGAACAAGUCGAAGAAAGGCAGAACUGCGUCUUAGGUAUUUGGUGGUCUGAGAUACGUCGCAGACUUGCCUAGUGUCAUUCGUUAUAGGAGCAAAUACUCAGUGAUAUCCUCUUAUCUAACAGGAAUGAUGAGUGGGAAGGUUUGAAGAUUUCGACCUGCUGCAGGCAAACAACCAGUGUCGAAUGUCGAGAAACGACCGCUUGUCUAGUUUCGAUGUAAUAAAAUAUUUGUUGUUAACAUUCUUUCGUUUAACCCAAAUGAUUCCAAACCUGAUUAAUAUUGCUGUAGCAUUGCUAGUAGAUUUGGCCAAGGUGGCUUUUUUUGUUGUUGA